AUGGAUAUAAUCUUGCAAACCAAACAACGUCAUUUCAGCAACAUAACGAAGCAAGACCUUGAACUUAUCCGCUCACUAGCAAACGAUGUGAACUUGGUCAUUAGACCGGCGGACAAAGGUGGAGGCAUAGUACUUCUUAAUUACUGUGACUAUCGAGUGGAACUUCUAUCCCAGCUUCAAGAUACAGACACCUACACCAAACUUAAGGGCGACCCUACAGCAU